AGCCACCGCCCCCCAGCCAGCGCCUUUUUUUCCCCAUACAAUACAAGAUCUUCCUUCCUCAGUUCCCUUAAAUCACAGCCCCGGGAAACCUCCUCAGUGCCUGCAUCCCGCCACGCGCCAGCAUGUCUGGGGGCAAAUACGUAGACUCCGAGGGCCAUCUCUACACGGUUCCGGUGCGGGAACAGGGCAACAUCUACAAGCCCAAUAAUAAGGCCAUGGCCGACGAGGUGAAUGAGAAGCAAGUGUACGACGCACACACCAAGGAGAUCGACCUGGUCAACCGCGACCCCAAGCAUCUCAAUGACGACGUGGUCAAGAUUGAUUUUGAAGAUGUGAUUGCAGAACCAGAAGGGACCCACAGCUUUGAUGGCAUCUGGAAAGCCAGCUUCACCACCUUCACUGUGACGAAAUACUGGUUUUACCGCUUGCUGUCCACCAUCUUUGGCAUUCCAAUGGCACUCAUCUGGGGCAUUUACUUUGCCAUUCUCUCUUUCCUGCACAUCUGGGCAGUUGUGCCAUGCAUUAAGAGCUUCUUGAUUGAGAUUCAGUGUGUCAGCCGUGUCUACUCCAUCUACGUACACACCUUCUGUGAUCCACUCUUUGAAGCUAUUGGCAAAGUAUUCAGCAGUAUCCGCAUCAAUAUGCAGAAAGAAAUAUAAGUGACAUUUCAAGGAUAGAAGUAUUCCUGAUUCUUUUUUUUUCUUUUAAUUUUCUUGGUGCCAAUAUAAAGUUUCCAGUUGCUAAUACAGCAAUGGUUUAUCAAUGUUUUUUCUUGGUUCAGAACAAAGAAAUCACUUUCUCGGUCUUUAUUAUUUGUCUUCAUUUAUUUGAUACAGCAGAGCUAUUGCAUCUAUUCUUAGUGACCUAAGUUUUUAAAAUCCAUCCCAACUAUUUCUUAACUCUUCACUUGCAUGUGGAUCAUUACUGGCUGAGAUAAUGGACAUAAUUGUUGAAAUAUAAUUUGAGCAAACUAUAAAGAAUUGAAAGGGGAGGGGAAAAGAAAGGAACUAAUAACCUCAACUGUCUACUCUAAAACGAUGAUGUGAUAGAAAGGGAAAAUUUUCCAGCAUACAGGUAUACCCACAUACUGGUAUGUGGGAAGAUUCUAUUAAGUGAACUUUUUCCCACACUAUCUAAGGAGCUAGCAAGUUAUUGCCAUUUACCUUAACAACCCAAUGGGAUCUAGUGGUCUUUAUCAAGUUAUACAUUAUAUUUUGUAUCCACACAACUCCACUAAUGCCUUAUUCUUCUUGAUAUUUUAACCUAUGAUACAUUCAAUGCCUGAAUAUUUGUGCAGAUGAAAUCUAAGUGCCUUCCUAUUUUUCACAUGUUCCAUUUCUAAUGAAGUCUAAUUCAUCUUCUUUCAUUAGGUCAUUUAGGUCCCUAAGGUCCAAAAUUCAAAAAUCUACACUUUUUCUGACUCACAUACAGGAUCUAGUGAAGCACAUGUCUAUGCUUGAUUAUGUAGCACCAAUGAAAUGAGCUAAUGUAGAAGAAUGUGACUGAGCCCUUUCUGGGCUAAGAGGGAUGGAAGCCAACUUUCCUGCCUCUCAACAGCUGAAUGAGGUCAGCAUGUCUAUUCAACUUCAUUUACUUAUCAAGAAUAAUCACGCUUCCCUGAACCCCAAUUUAUCUAUCACUGGGGUGGUUUUGUGGCCUAACAUAGUGUUACCUUUUCAGCUGAUCAGUGGGACUCGGGCAGGGCUGUCAAAAUGGAGGCCAUGUCAAGAGUUGAUUCAAGAAUGACCACUUCUAAGUAAAGAAUUUGCAACUCUCUCUUAUGCUGUGACACUUAGCCCUUCCUUCUACCAGGAGCCUUGGACAUAAUCCUAGCAUUAUUUUACUCAGACAGACCUUGGGGAAGAGGCAGUAACAAAAGACUGAAGUAAUGUUGCUGGAAUGAGUUCCAAGUUCUUCUGAAAAACUGAGGAAUUUCACCUGUAAACCUGAGUCAUACUAAAAGCUGCCUGGUACAUCCAAAAGCUUCUAAUUCCUCCUGCUCAUAUUGCUGUGAUUUUAUCCUUAGGAACAUUUAAAAAG